AUGGUUCCUCCGGAUGGUAGAUUAGAACAUGAUUUUGAGGAUGAAAGCCUUGCCGGUCCUAUGGAUGUGCCGAUAAAGUCUAUCGGUCUGAAUGGAAUUCAACAUGAUUCUAUUUCUGCUAUCGAACGAACAGAUUGUAUAAUGAAAACUAACUUCUGGAGGAGCUUGAAAAUAAUAUUAUUCACAGCCAAGAUAAACAUAUUGGUGCCUUUUGGACCUCUAGCAGUCUUGAUCAGCUAUACUACGGAUGAUAAAGGCUUGGUGUUCCUUUUCAGCUUGUUGGGCAUCAUUCCCUUAGCUGAGCGUUUGGGUUUCACAACCGAGCAGUUAGUAUUUUUCACAGGAGCAACAGCGGGGGGCCUCUUGAAUGCUACUUUUGGAAAUGCAACCGAGUUGAUAAUAUCAGUCCAUGCACUACAAAGUGGGAUGAUACGAGUAGUGCAACAAUCACUAUUAGGAUCUAUUUUGUCAAACAUGUUGCUUGUUCUCGGGUGUGCCUUCUUCUGUGGAGGGAUUGUUUUCAUGAACAAGGAUCAAGUUUUCGAUAAGGCAAAUGCUAUAGUGAACUCUGGGCUGCUUCUAAUGGCAGUAAUGGGUUUAUUGUUCCCUGCUGUUCUUCAUUAUACACAUACCGAAGUACAUUACGGCAAGUCAGAAAUUGCACUCUCGAGAUUUAGCAGCUGCAUAAUGCUUGUGGCUUAUGCUUGUUACAUCGCUUUCCAGUUAAAAAGCAGUAAUGAUUCCUACGAUCCCAUAAACGAGGAAGGAUGUGAAAAUGGGGGGAUCCUGGAAGAUGAAGAAGGCGAAGCUCCUGAGAUAUCGAAAUGGGAAGCCAUCAUAUGGCUUGCAAUUUUGACAAUUUGGAUCUCAGUGCUAUCUGACUACUUGGUGGAUGCAAUUGAGGGUGCUUCAAUUGCAUGGAACAUUCCUAUUUCUUUCAUCAGUGUCAUUUUGCUCCCUAUUGUUGGCAAUGCUGCCGAGCAUGCAAGUGCUAUUAUGUUUGCCAUGAAAGACAAACUUGACAUUUCUCUUGGAGUUGCUAUUGGAUCCUCUACUCAAAUUUCUAUGUUUGGGAUUCCUUUUUGUGUGGUGGUGGGAUGGAUCAUGGGACAACCCAUGGACUUGAACUUUCAACUUUUUGAGACAGCAACUUUGUUUAUAACUGUAUUGGUUGUUGCCUUCAUGCUUCAGGAGGGAACUUCUAACUAUUUCAAAGGUUUAAUGUUGAUUCUUUGCUAUCUGAUUGUAUCUGCCAGCUUUUUUGUACAUGUUGAUCCUUCUCCUGUUAAUGAGAGGAUUUUUGCUCUUGUUCACAGUCUCUUCCCUGAUAAAAAAGCCCUCACGCUGAACGGAGGGCUCGAGUGGGAAUCAACCAAUCCCUUCAGCGGUUGGCCUCGUGCUGCACUAUAUACCACCAGUCAAUCUGUUGUUCGUGUCACACUCAUCAAUUGCACAUCACAGGCGCUAUUCCGUACGCCAUUCGAGGGUAUGGACCAGGAGGAAAGACCCCAAUUAUCAUCUUCUGGAGAUGCUCCCACCUAA